GUUGCAAGCUGUUACAAUAUGAACCACUCAAUCUCAAUCCAACAAACAGUUGCUGCAACAAACAUAAAUCAUAGUUACCAUAUUCUCACCAUCUCUGCAGUUAGAAAAUAAUUGAAGCUUGUAAAGAUGAACCUGUUGAUUCUUUCAUGUCAUAGUUUUCAGAUUCUAUUUGCUCUUGGUGUGCUUUUCAUGGCAACUCACAUUGAAGCUUCUUCUUCUAGCUCAAAGGUUGAAUACCUUCCGGGUUUUGAAGGACCACUUCCUUUUGAACUUGAAACUGGGUACAUAGGGUUAGGGGAAAGUGAUGAUGAUGAUGAUAUGCAAGUGUUCUACUAUUUUGUUAAAUCAGAGAAUAAUCCUCAAAAAGAUCCUCUUAUGCUUUGGUUAAGUGGUGGCCCUGGUUGUUCUUCAUUUUCUGGCCUUGUCAAUCAAAUAGUAAUAGGUCCAAUUGCAUUUGAAAAAAAGGAGUACAAUGGGAGCAUUCCUAGUCUGAUCUUGAGGCCACAAUCAUGGACAAAGCUAUCCAAUAUUAUGUUUGCUGAUUUGCCAUUUGGAACUGGUUUCUCAUAUGCAAAAAAUGUCACUUCUCUUCGAAGCGAUCGGAAGUUGGUUCACCAUGUUCAUCAAUUUAUUAGAAAGUGGUUGAUUGAUCAUCCUGAAUUUCUUUUAAAUGAAUUCUACAUUGGAGGAGAUUCAUAUGCUGGCAUUCCGGUUCCUGCCGUUGUUCAAGAAAUUUCAAUUGGAAAUGAAAAAGCUCUCCAACCAUUGAUAAAUCUCAAGGGAUAUCUGCUAGGAAACCCUGUAACAACAGGUAAAGAAAAAAAUGAUCGAAUCUCAUAUGCUCAUGGAAUGGGACUCAUUUCUAAUGAACUACAUGAGUCCUUACAACAAAAUUGUAAAGGAGAGUACAUUGAUGUAAAUUCCAAAAAUGCAUUAUGUUUAAGAGACCUCAAAUCUUUUGAUAAGUGUCUUUUAGGAAUUAAAAUGUCUCAUAUUUUAGACCGCUAUUGUGAAGACGAGCCGCAUCUAUGGAGGAGAUCUUUAACUCAAGAGUUUAAAGAAUCUCUUAGUUAUCAUUUCACAGUGCCCGUGCCUGACUUAAAUUGCCAAAUUUAUAAAUUUUAUCUCAACGAAAAAUGGGCUAAUGAAGAGCGUGUUCGCAAAGCACUACACAUUCGAGAGGGUACUAUAAAAAAAUGGAAACGUUGUUAUCGAAGUGAUUUUGAGUUUUAUAUCCCAAACAGUGUUGAAUUUCAUGUGAAUCUAAGCAAAAAAGGAUUCCGUUCUUUGAUAUAUAGUGGGGAUCAUGAUUUAGUUGUUCCUUUUUUAUCUACACAAGCAUGGAUAAAAAGUUUAAACUACUCCAUUGUAGAUGAUUGGAGGUCAUGGCUAAUUAAAGAUCAAGUAGCAGGAACUGGGUUUCUUGCAAGAUUAAUAGCUGAAUUGUUGUCAAUCUCUAGCACCAAUGGUCUCCUAACAUGGACCUGCACUUCAUUGAGUACAUACUUGAUCUAGAUGGCUUGACAAGCAUCCUAAGACCCUACUAUGUAUUCUGCUUCGCGUAAGGACAAUGCCACCACACGUUUCUUCCUUAAACACCAUGAAAUUAAAGCACCCAACACCUGAAAGAAAUAUUUAAUUGUGCUUCUUCUAUCUUCAUUGUCUCUAUAUUAAUCAGCAUCACAAUAGUAGUUGACCAGGGCCUCUUUGCCUUCACAUGAUUGUGGAAACAUGAUUCCACAAUUUAGUGAUCCUUUUAGAUAUCUUAGGAUUCUCUUUGUAGCCUUCAUGUGUGACACUCUAGGUUUAUCAUGGUACCUUCUUACUAGUCCCACUAAAAAGCCUAUAUUAAGUCUGAUAUUACACUCAUACCACAAGAAUCCUAUAAUUUGCUUGAACAAAGUGACAAAAAUGUUGUCCUUAUCUUCAUGCUUUUCAAGUUUCAAAUUUGGUUCAAUAGGUGAAGAUGCGGGAUAUGAAUCAAGCAUUAUGAAUCUCUUGAGGAUUUGUUAAAUACUUCCUUUAAUGUAGAACCAUACCAUUUUUGGUCCUUUGGAACUCUAUACCUAUUUUACCUUAAUAGCUUUGGCAUUUGCUGGCAACUUGACUAGUUCCCAUGUAUUGUUUCUUUCUAUGGAUUACAGUUCUUCAAUCAUGGUUUCUUUCCAUUAUUUGUUCUUCAACUCAUUGUAGUUGAUGGGCUCUACAUCAGUAAGCAAAGAAAAAUGAACCAAGUCUCCAUCUAUUGUGACUUCAUCAUCACCAACCACUUCACAGUCCUGAAUUCUUGCUAGAGUAAUUAUGGUUCUUUGAGGCCUUUGUGAUGUGGCUGCUACAUCCUGUUGGAUUAAUUCAUUUCCAUGCUCGUGAUCUUCUGCUUCCACAACUGGAAUUUCAAUAAAAUAAGGUUCAUCAACUGGAGUCUCAUCUUGCUCACUACUAUCAUCAUAAAAUAUAUUACUCAUCAACCACAAUUAAAAUCCUCACUAGAAUAUUGCUAGUGAUUGGAUUGAAUAACAUGUAAGCUCGAGUCUUGUGAUAACCUACCACAAUUAUAGGUUCACUUCUGUCAUCAAGUUUUCUUCUCCUAGCAUUAAGAACAUGUUUGUAACAGAUGGAACCAAAAACUUAUCGAUGACUCGCAUAUGGUUUUUCGCCUUCACACUUCUCCAGGGACCUUGUUCUUUAGUCUUUUGGUAGGGUAUCUAUUUAACAAAUAAGCAGCAAUGGUGACUUCUUCACCCCAUAGAGGGUUUGGCAAGUUCUUCUGUUUCAACAUGCAUUUGGAUAUACCUAAUAUACUUCUAUUCUUCUCCCAUCUAUCCCAUUGUGUUAAGGGGUGUAGGGAGAAACUUCUUUAUGAUUAACUACAUGUUCUACACAAAAUUCCUCAAAUAUUUGGAUGUAUAUUCGCCACCUCUAUAUGUUCUUAGAACCUUGAUCCUUUUCUCACUCUUAGUUUCAACUAGUAUUUUGAAUAUUUUGAAGAUUGCAAAUACUUCAUCUUUAUGUCUAAUCAUGGAGAAACAGAGUUUUCUACUGUGCUCAUCAACAAAUGAGACAAAUUAUUUGUUGCCACUAAUAUUGAUAUUCUCAAAAGGACCACAUACAUCAAAAUUCUUGUAUGCAAGAUGACCCCAUCGCCAUAUGAGUUAUGAAUAAAUUUCUAGAUUUCCUCCCUACCAAGCAACCUUCACAAACUUUGUCAAGCAUGGCAAGACUUGGUAUACUAGUUACCCUGUCAUGAGUAAUGAGUUGAUUGAGUGGACUAAAGUUUAAAUGGCCAAAUCUUAAGUACCAUAGCCAACUCUUUUUGUGUUCUACAAUUGCUUUCAGACAUUGAACCUCUAUUAAACUAAUAAUGGUCUUAAAUGUCCUAUUUUUGGAGAGGGUGGAUUUCAAUACCAACCUAUUGUAAGAAUCAAACAACUCAUAAUCUUCAUUAUUCAUGUCCACUUAGAAGCCUUUUUAACCAUGUAUCCAACACUCAACAGGUUGUAAUUCAUCCUAGGCACAUAAAACACAUCCUUGAUUAUGGCUUGUGCUCAAUUGCUUCUUCAAAUAACCAAGUUGACUGGCUACUAUGUGCAAGCCUAAUAUUGCUUUUAUUGGUGUCAUCAAAGUCUGAUAGCCAAGUUCUAUGACUAAUCAUUUGGUGUGAGCAACAUGUAUCCAAAAACCAGGUUUUGGAAUCCACAUGUUCAUCUAAGACUCCAGCCAUAAGCACCAUGGUGUCAGAGUCAUCUGAAUCUUCCUGUGAAAUAUUUGCUCCUUCGUCAUGAUUUUCCUUUGUAGCUCCCUUUCCAUUCUUGUACCGACAGUUCUUGGCCAAGUGUCCCCACUUUUCUUAGAUAUAGCAUUGCACGCUUUUCUUUUCUAGUUUGUCUUUGUGAUAUAAGGAUCCUCUUUUGGAGGAUUCAUAAGCCUUAUCACCAGCCUUUUACUUUUAAGAGUGAAACCAAUACAUCCUCUUCAUCUAAGUCUUGUCUCCUUUUCCCUUAAACUUGUUGGAACCGCCAUGUUUCUUCCUUGUGUGGGCCUGCAACGCAUGUAUCGAGUCUUGAACAUCAUUUCUCUUGACUAUAGUUAAUUCAUGAGCCUCAACGAACCAACCAAAUCUUUCAACAUCAGUGUGUCAAGAUUGUUGGAUUCUUGAAUAGCCAUGAUAAAAUGAUCAAAUUGAGAGGUCAGCAUUCGCAUUACCUUCUCAAAUAUCAUCUUAUUAGUCAAAUUUUCACCACAUCCUUUCAUGAGGUGAACAAGAUUCUGCAUCUUGAAUACAUGGCCUACUAUCUUCUCAUCUUCUCCCAUCGUAGUAACUCGUAUUGCCUUCUCAAUGCUUUCAAUUUGACACCUUUCACUUUCUCACCGCCUUCAUAAUAUUUGACAAGGAUAUCUCAUGCUUCCUUUGCAGAUUCAUCAUGAGAAAUAUGAUCAAAAUUUUCACUAUCCACUGCAGAUUGAUACAGAAUGUAGCCUUGCGGUCUCUCUUUUUCAAAUCCUUAUGAAAUGUCCUUUGAGCCUCAGUUUCAUUGAGAGCAGGAUCAGGGACACCAUUUGUAACCACUUCAAGGGUUUCUUGAAAAAAAAUAAGGACUUCAUCGGCUUAUGCCACCGGUUCCAAUUUUUUCCAUUUAGAAUUGGAAGAUAGAUGGGAAUAGCAUUGCUACCAUUCAUCUUUGCAGCAAAUUCCACUCAUAAUCCCUGAAGACAUGACCACCAACGUGAAAAUCAUGAAUGAAUCAAGAAAAUGAAACUAAAGGCUCUAGAUACCAAUUUGUCAGUGAUAGUACACUUUGUUGAGAAUGAAUUAGAGGAUAUUCAAGUGAAAGAGAGGAGAGAUUGUAGUAUUGAAAUAAAUGUUCAAUUACAUACAUGUUAAGUAACACCUUAUAUAUAUAUAUAUAUAUAUAUAUAUAUAUAUAUAUAUAUAUAUAUAUAUAUAUAUAUAUACUUACUUAC